UGGCUGGCAAUCUUAUCCUCAACAGUCGUAAAGUCUAUACCGUGUGGAGCCAGAUGUAGACUCUCUAGCCAAUCAAAGGACAUUAACAAUUUAGCAUCCAAAGCAGAAUAUGCUGCCUGAGUCAAGUCCACACCGCGUGGAGCCAAAGCUAUAAAGACUUUUACUCGUAAAGUAACUAAGCAAUUCCCUUUGGGCAAUUCACUUCUCCUGAGCUAUCCUGUAUUCCAAUAGCAUUUUGUCGCCAGAGCGAGUGAGUGAGUGAGAAAGAGAGACAGAGAGAGAGAGAGAGAGAGAGAGAAAGAGACGGAAUGGCGGACAUACUUCUAUCUGCCCUGGUGAGCUCUAUGGUCGGUAACUUGAAUACUUCAGCACUUAAAGAAUUGGGAAUUGCUUUUGGCCUGAGAGAUGAGCUUGACAACCUUGAGAGCACACUUUCCACCAUCCAAGCUGUUCUGCAAGAUGCAGAGGAGAAGCAGUGGAAGAGUAAGGCUAUCAGCGAUUGGCUGAGAAAGCUCAAAGAAGGAGCUUAUGAUGCAGAUGAUGUUCUGGACGAGUUUGCAACUGAAGCUCUAAUACAAGAGGCGGAGAAAGAGAAAGGUGUGAAAAGCCAAGUAAGUAGCUUCUUUUCUCUUCAAAACCGACUUAUAUUUCGCAUAAAGAUGGCACAUAAACUGAAGAACGUGAGGGAUAGGCUGGAAUCCAUUUCUAUGGAGAGAUCUAAGUUUCACUUGAGAGAGGGAGAUAUAAACAUGGAAGUCUUUGAUAUAGAAAGAAGACAAACUGGCUCACUUGUGAAUGAAAGUGAGAUUUAUGGAAGAGAUGAAGAGAAAGAAAUAAUCAUUCAAGUAUUGCUCACUGAUGUGUCUGGUCAAGAUAAUCUUGCUAUUUAUGCCGUAUGGGGCAUGGGGGGCUUGGGGAAAACAACACUUGCACAGUUGAUCUACAAUGAUGCAAGGGUAGAGAAGCAUUAUGAUAUGAGAAUUUGGGUGUGUGUAUCAGAUGAUUUCCAUGUAAGAAAAUUGGUGGGAGCAAUCAUAGAGUCCAUAGAUGGUAGUCCAUGUAAUCUUUCAGAGUUGGACUCAUUACAGCAAUGCUUGCAGGGAAAAUUGCGUGGAAGGAAAUUUUUGCUCGUUUUGGACGAUGUUUGGGACGAAUACCAUGAGGAAUGGAAUGGCUUAAAAGAUGUGUUGAGGUGUGGGUCGAACGGAAGUAAGGUUAUAGUGACAACCCGGAUUGAGGAUGUAGCGCUUAUGAUGAACACACUACCUAUACACCACAUAGGAUGUUUGUCAGAGAAUGAUUCUUGGUCCCUGUUUACAAGAUGUGCAUUUGGGAGGGGAAGGCUAAAGGAGAGAUCAGAAUUGGAAUCAAUUGGCAAGGAAAUAGUGAAGAAGUGUGGAGGGGUACCUCUAGCAAUAAAGACUCUUGGAAGUCUCAUGAGCUUAAAAAGUACGGAAAGUGAGUGGUUAUCUGUGAAAGAAAGUCAAAUUUGGGAAUUACCAGAAGGUGAAAAUUCCAUUUUGUCAGCGCUGAGGUUGAGUUACCACUAUUUAGCCCCACAUCUAAGGCAAUGUUUUGCAUUUUGCUGUGUAUUUCCCAAAGAUCACAAGCUUAAUAGGGAUAAGCUGAUACAAUUGUGGAUGGCUAAUGGUUUUAUUCCCUUUAAAGAAUCAUUGGAGCCGCAUGAUGUUGGCAUUAUUAUCUUCAAUGAAUUAGUGCGGAGAUCUUUUUUUCAAGAUGUUGUGGAGGAUUCUCCUAUUAACAUAAUAUGUAAAAUGCAUGAUCUUAUGCAUGACCUUGCUCAGUCUAUUAUGAAGCUUGAAUGCGUUGUGGUGGAACCUGGUAAAUUGGUGAAAGUUCAAAAAAUGACUCGUCACUUGUAUUUUACUCGAGGCACUUCUUGCGACGUUGAAGUAUGCAAAGGCCGCUCUCUACGCUCAUGCAUUGCGUUAUCAACUUACUAUAAUCUUGAGUAUAAAUCUCCUCAAUCCAUCUUUUUGAAACAAAAGUAUCUUCGGGUCUGCGACCUAACUAGACAACCAUCAGAAAACGCAGCAAGAUCAAUCACUAGUUUAAAACACUUGAGGUAUCUCGACAUGUCUUCUUCCUACUUCAAAGUUUUACCUGAAUCAAUAACUUGCCUCUUGAACCUGCAAACGCUGAAACUAGAUUAUUGUCAGUCUCUUCAUAAGUUGCCCAAUGGUAUGAGGCACAUGAAAAACCUUAUCUAUCUUGGGCUUAGCGGUUGUGGUUCUCUUACUUGUAUGCCUGAAGGGAUGGGACAACUAACGCGCCUCCAAUCAUUAAGCAUCUUCAUCGUUGGCAAGGAAAAUGGUUAUCAAAUAAGUGAGCUGAAAGGACUACACCUUCGAAAUGAGUUGUCAAUAAAGGAACUCGAUAAUGUAAGAAAUUUUGCGGAGGCAAAAAAUGCAAAUUUGAUUGGGAAACAAAAUCUUCAUUCGCUAAGUCUGGUUUGGCAGAACAAAAGUCAGUGCCCCGUACCAGAACAGGUUGAAGAUGUUCUUGAUGGUCUCCAACCUCAUUCAAAUCUGAAAGUGUUGCACAUUCAUAACUAUUUGGGUUCAAAAUUUCCAACGUGGAUGCAAGAUUUACUCCUCCGUGAUCUGGUUGAAAUUUCUCUAAUGAAGUGUGAAAGAUGUGAACAUCUGCCACCUCUUGACAAACUAUCAUUCCUCAAGGUUCUUGUAAUAAGUGGCAUGGAUUCUGUGAAGUAUCUUGGCAAUGAGUUACAUGGAGAUAGUGCAAGUUCGUUCCCAUCAUUGGAGAAACUGCACUUAGAAAAUAUGGCUAAUUUGGAGGAAUGGCGAACAAUGGAUGGAAGAGAAAAUUUUCCCCGCCUAAGCACAUUAACCUUCCGGGGUUGUCCAAAGUUAGUUAAAAUGCCUAUUAGGGCAAGUUCGUUCCCAUCAUUGAAGAUACUGUACUUAUAUAUGAUGACUAAUUUGGAGGAAUGGCGAACAAUGGAUGGAAGAGAAAAUUUUCCCCGCCUAAGCUCAUUAAAAAUCUGGCGUUGUCCAAAGUUAGUUGAAAUGCCUAUUAUUCCUUCCAUUACAAGCUUGAGCAUCCGUAAGAGCAAUGCAAUGUUAAUUAAGUCAGUGAUGAAUCUCACUUCACUUUCUUUCCUUAAAAUUGAAAGUAUGCAUGAAUCGACACUUCUUCCGGAUGGACUGUUUCAAAAUCUUACUGCAAUGAAACGCUUUGAACUUGAUGAUUGUAACGGACUCGAAAGUCUGCCAGAAGGACUCCACCUACAUUCUUUACGGGAACUCGAUAUAAGGGGCUGUACAAAUAUUUUGUCCUUUCCGGUAAAUGGGUUGCGGGGCUUAUCUUCACUACAGAGGUUAUGGAUUCAGAGCUGCGACAAAUUCUGCUCUUUAUCUGAAGGAAUUCAAUAUUUAACUAGCCUUGAGGACUUAAUUAUUAACAGAUGUCCGGAGUUAGUUUCCUUGCCGAAGCAGAUAGGAUGCCUCACGUCACUUUCAUCUUUGCAAAUUUGGCACUGCGAUAAGCUAAUGUCUUUACCGGACGAGUUGCAAAAUCUUACGGCACUCAAAACAUUGAGCAUUUACAGUUGUCCACAUCUGCAGAGGCGGUGCAAGAAAGACAGCGGCGAGGAUUGGCAUAAGAUUGCUCGAAUCCCCAACAUUCAUAUCGACGAAGACGAUCCUCCACCAGUACAAUCAAGGAAUGGUUGCAAGGCGCUUCAGAAACUGAAAUUUUGGUCCACAUAAAAGUGCUCUAUCUUUUAGGUUCUAAAUUCCCGAGGUAGAACAUGGAACUAGGAGGGCAGUUCUUUUGCUGGUUGCGUGUGUUGACAUUGGCAUUCGGCUCUGCUGCUGUUUGGCUGACAAGGUUUUUUUUUUUUUUUUUUUUUUUUUUUUUUUUUUUUUUUAAUUUGAUAAUGUGUGUCUGCCGCUAGUUAAGGAAAAAAUUAUCUGUUUAAAAUUUUUUAUUGGGCUGGAUUGUUUGUUUUGGAUAAAAUUUGUUGGAUGGACUUAAUUUUUUUUAGUUUUGCUAUUGAUAAAUUUUAUCGUGAUUUGUUUGGCUUUGUA